GCCUUUUCUUCUUUUUCAGAAAGUCAAUAUUGUGGAUGUGGGCAAUAAUGACGGUGCCUAGGGGUGUGUUUUUACUCCUGCUUUUACAGUGUUUUACUGUAAGAACAUCAGGGCUUUCCCCCAGCUCCAGAUCAGGUCCCUCCUCCCAGUCUGUCCAGUUCAGCUGUGGAUCCACUGUGUGUCCUUCAGGCACAGACUGUGUCAGAAUGAAUGGGACUCUCCAGUGUGCUGACCCCUGCCAGGAGUACACUGUGCUGAAUGAUGACUGGCGCUCAACAAAUAACACGUCCCGCCAGAACCCACGCUGUGACCAAAAUGUUAACUGGCAAGGCUGGUAUCGGCUGUUUCUGGGGCAAACCAAUGCUAAAAUUCCAGAGAGGUGUGUGGCUGAAAGAAGGUGUGGAACCAAUGCUCCUCUAUGGAUAACAACUCCUCAUCCCACACAGUCAGGUCAGAUUGUGAACCGCACUGUGUGUGGCUCAUGGUCAGGAAGCUGCUGUCGUUUCUCCUCACACACCAUCCAUGUCAAGCUCUGCUAUGGAAACUACUUCGUCUACAAACUUGUGCAGCCAAGCGCAUGUUCGCUUGCAUACUGUGCAGAGGUGAACAGAGCAACUCCUGAAGAUCCUUCAACCACACUUGAUCCAAGUACAGCGACCUCUUCUGCCAGUCAGGUUAAUAUCACCUCCACCACAACACCCGACAACAGCUCAGCAGGUGAGGGUGAGGUCCGUCUGGUUAACAGAGGGAACCAGUCCUGCUCUGGCAGAGUAGAGAUCUUCCACCGUGGACAGUGGGGGACGGUGUGUGACGAUGACUGGGACCUCAGGGAUGCCAACGUGGUGUGUAGACAGCUGGACUGUGGCCCUCCUCGUUCAGCAUUACUAAAUGCAGCUUUUGGUCCGGGCAGUGGACCCAUCUGGUUGGAUGAUGUUGGUUGUUCCGGCAACGAAACAUCAAUAACAGAGUGCAGACAUUCAGGGCUUGGGGUCCACAACUGUAAUCACAUUGAAGAUGCCAGUGUUGUCUGUGAAGGAUCUAACAGUACAGUUGUACCCCCCACACCUGUUACAACACCUGGGAACAUCACCUCCACCACAACACCCGACAACAGCUCAGCAGUUGAGGGUGAGGUCCGUCUGGUUAACAGAGGGAACCAGUCCUGCUCUGGCAGAGUAGAGAUCUUCCACCGUGGACAGUGGGGGACGGUGUGUGAUGAUCAAUGGGGCCUGGCUGAUGCUCAGGUGGCGUGCAGACAGAUGGGCUGUGGCAGGGCUCUGUCAGCACCAUCAGUUGCCUAUUUUGGACAGGGCAGUGGACCCAUCUGGUUGGAUGAGGUUGGUUGUUCCGGCAACGAAACAUCAAUAACAGAGUGCAGACAUUCAGGGCUUGGGGUCCACAACUGUACUCACGUUGAUGAUGCCAGUGUUGUCUGUGAAGACUCUGCACUGCAUGAUUACCAGCUAAUUUGCAGCCCUGAUAAACUUCAAAUGGGGCUGGAUUUGGCUGACCUCACCUCAGGUUUGAACCCAUACUCUGGCAACUUGGCAUCUCUUAAUUGCUCCUGGGCCAGAGUACAAAAUAACAUGGUGUGGUAUGAAGUAGACGCUGUGGAAGGUGCCUGUGGAAACACUCUGACGACCAACCGCACACAUGCGAUCUACUCCAACAGUUUAUCUGUCUACCCUGUUAUCAAUGGGUCCUUUAACCUUCCUGUGAGCAUCCCCUUCUCCUGUGCAUAUCCCCUGGAAACAGACACCAGCCUGAAUGUGGCUAUCAGACCAUUCCUGCCGUCUUCAGGGGGUAUUUUAGGAUCUGGUGCCGGACCCAGUGCCGCCAUGUCUCUUUUCCGUAACGCCGCCUUCACUGAGACUUUCCCAGCUGGAGGGGUCAACCUGCCACUGGGUUCACCUUUGUACGUGGGUGUCUCUGUAACAGAAAGAGAGCUCAGAUUUGUUGUUGUUCUGGAGGAAUGCUACGCCUCUCACUCAUCCGAUCCUCACUAUUACCAGCGAUACUCUCUCAUCCAGAACAAGUGUCCGACCGAUGCCCGACAGGUGUCUGUGAUUGAGAGCGGCAUGUCUUUGCGUGCUCGUUUCUCUGCCCUGCUCUUCCUGCUGGAGGACGAUUAUAGAGCCAUUUAUCUUCACUGCAACAUAAGCCUGUGUGACCGAGAGAGAUUUUGCUGUGUCCCAUCCUGUCGAAGGAGGAAAUAUCGCUCUGUUUCCAGCUCUGUUGCUAUGGAACGCGUCAUCAUUGGACCAAUUGCUUGGGACAAGUCAACUAAGUGAGCUGGUUACACCAAAACAUCCCAUAAUGUCAUAUCAUGAAGACGUUUCUCUUAUACACAAGACAUGAAACUAUUUUAAAAACUGGUUUAACCUUUUAUAAUCAAACUUUUCACACUCACACACAGCCUGCUCUGAUUCUUCUGUCCUUUGUAAUGAUUGUGUAACAAAUCAACAAUAACAAAGAAAUAAUAAAAUGUAUUAAAAAAAACAUGUUACCAAACUCUU